UCACCAAAUACAGAAAAAUAAUCUUUUUAUACUAUUUAACAAUUAACGUUUUUCCCUCUGUUUCUCUUUCUUCCAAUUCCAACCAUUUUCUCAACCUUUUCUCUUGUUGCAAGAUUCUUUCAACCUCUUUUCUCUUGCAACAAUUUCAAUUCCUUCUUCUUCUCACACAUACUAGCUUCAAUUCAAGCUUUUUCACGCAUGAUUUGGUUACCAAAUUGAUAUAUUCAUGGGUGAUUGAUUCCGCGAUCUGCAUAAAGUACACACGUGUGGUGGAUCUCUGAAAUUUAUGAACCUUUUCCCAUCUGGGUUUUGUUGAUUUGGUUUUUUUCGAUGGGUUUGAGAUAUAAAGCUGGGUUAUUUCUCAUAGGUACGGUUGUUAUCAUAUGGGUCAGCUCUGCUGAAGUCACACAGAAUAUUUAUACAGAUUAUAAGCAGCCAUUUGCGGUGACAUAUCUCGGAGCUUCUCUCAUGGUAGUUUACCUCCCAAUAGCAUUCAUUAAGGAUUGGUUCUAUAACUUGCUUAAACACCGGUCUUCUAAAAGUGGAAAAAAUGCAGAAAGCGACGGGGACAAGUUUCCUAUCAAAAUUAGUUCUCCACUCAAAGGAAAUGGAGUGCAGAAAAACUUUGAAGUGGAACUCCCGAACAUUGUUCGAAAAGAAAGUGAUAUAGAUCUUUCAAGUCUUGCAGAGAUAGCGCCAUUGGUGGAUAAAUAUAAUGAAACUGGUGUGGCAAAGGUAGAAAAAGAACUUACUGCAAAAGAAAUCGCUACUUAUGGAUUUUACAUUGCACCUAUCUGGUUUGUAACAGAGUAUCUAUCAAAUGCCGCGCUUGCCCGUACAAGUGUCGCGAGUACAACAGUAUUGUCAUCUACUUCAGGACUCUUCACUCUUUUCAUCGGUGUGUUAAUGGGUCAAGACACUUUGAAUGUAUCCAAAGUAGUUGCUGUCUUGGUCAGCAUGGCCGGGGUUGCCAUGACAACUCUGGGAAAAACAUGGGCCGCAGAUGACUCGCAAUUGAAUGCUUCCAAUGGACGGCGCUCUCUUGUUGGAGAUCUUUUUGGCCUUCUCUCAGCCAUGUCAUAUGGUCUAUUUACUGUUCUUCUAAAAAAGUUUUCUGGUGAAGAAGGUGAACGUGUUGACGUGCAAAAGCUGUUUGGAUAUAUUGGAUUGUUUACACUUGUAGCACUAUGGUGGCUUAUCUGGCCGUUGUCGGCCUUAGGAAUUGAACCCAAGUUUGCGAUUCCUCAGUCUGCCAAAAUGGAUGAAGUGGUUCUUGCAAAUGGAUUUGUUGGAAGUGUUCUCUCAGACUACUUCUGGGCACUCUGUGUUGUAUGGACAACUCCCCUCGUGGCCACUUUGGGCAUGUCACUCACUAUUCCUCUUGCUAUGUUGGCUGAUAUGGUAAUCCACGGUCGGCAUUAUUCAGCACUAUACAUUCUUGGCUCAGUUCAGGUAUUUGCAGGUUUUGUGAUAGCUAAUCUUUCAGAUUGGACGACAAAGAGGUUGGGAUUAUAGCACAUGAUGUUUUGUUGAUUAGUUUGUGGACAACACUUAUUCAUUUUUUGGUUGAUUUAUCCUUCCACUUUUCUGAUUUAGUGUCAUAGCACGAGUCAAUCAGUAUCUGUUGAAAACCAAAGUCUUAAUCCUGUUUUGUUUUUUUUGAAAUUUUCAAGGAAAUCAACAAAAGAGUGUUGUUUCCAUGAUGUAUUUGUUCUGUGUAUAUGUUUUUUUAUUUUAUUUUAUUUUAUUUUAGAGUGAGUACUUUGUUGUAAUCAUGUCUUUGAAUAGGUGCUAGCACAAUUUGUGGCUACAUCAGUAAAUGGGUUUUUAAAUGAAAGAAAUUGAGAAUUUCACUUGGUA